AUUGGUUAAUAAAAAGCAGGUUUUUUGGUGUACCAGUAGUCAGGGUGGCCCCACUCUCACUUCAAAUGAACUGCCACUUUGAGGCUAUUGUGCACCACUGCACCAUCAACUGGCUCUCUGGUUAUUAAAGGGUCAGUGAAAAGAGAUGAAGUGGAAAGACAUUAAAGGAUUAGAACAUAACUAAUGCACUGCAGGAUUACAGAUGCAAAAGGGGUAGGGACAGAGGUAGAGAUAAACAGAGAAAGGGAAAGAGGCAGAUAAAAACAGAGAUACAGAGUAAAAGGCCUGGUGUUUGGAAGAGAUUGUGAAUCACAUAUUCACAAGUUUCUAGUUUGUAAUUGAAAUUCUUUAAAGAUCAACGGUACAAUUUGUCAAAGGCUCCAGCACAUUGGAUCCUACAUGGCGCACUCAGGUGGAGGCAAUCUCGCAGCAAUGAAUGUAGAGAGGAUUAUCCAAUGCAUCAGAGAGGGCGAUCACAAAGGACUGAAGGCAGAGCUACUGCAAUUUAAUAGAGAGUAUGCACAGUGCUUCUUCUAUGAUAUGGAGGAGAAGGAGAGACGAAAAAGGCAGGAGCUGGAAGAGUUCCGAAAGAAUAAAGUGCGAGAGUACGUGUCAGAUUCUGAUUCAGACUACGACGACGAAUCUGGUAACCCAGACACGCUUUUAAGACAGGCUCUGGCUACAGGUUUGAUCAGGUUCCUCCAGACUCAACCACAAGGGUGUGUACUGAGAGUAUGUCUGCGAUCCUUACGUAUUCUCUCUAGGGACAAAAAGGUUUUGGGACCUCUAAUCACAGACAGAGCGGUCCUCACUCUUGCCAAACUGGGUGGCAUCAGCAAUGCACCCAUUCCUGGAGAUGACCUUGAUAAUGAUGUUGACUCCUAUAGUGAUGUCAUUGUAGCUAUUUCUGAAAUCCAGUCAAGUCGGCCAAAUGAUGAUGAUGACAGUGGUGGUGAUGAAGAUGAUGGUUCUGGUGCUGUAACCAGUGAGCUCCAGAGUUAUGCAAACGAUGCAAGUGAUUGGCUUGGAGAGCGCAAGGCAAGCACAUUUUCUAACAUAAGCCUUGGAGCUCCUCGGAGGAGGAGCAGUGUUUUCAAAGCUCUCACACCUGGUAAAAGGGACAGUAGAGGAAGUGUGGGUGGAGGGGAGGAAGAGGAGGAGGAGAAUGGUGGAAAAGAUGAUGAAGAAGUAAGCAGGAAGGAGGUCAUGAAAAUCCUCUGUAACAUUGUUUACAAUAGUGCUUGGGCACAGGAGAGAGCCAGCGAACUUAGUCUACUAAGUGGUCUGACCGAAAAACUGAACGAGGAGUUUGAAACGGCAUCUUCUCCUUGUGGCCAAUUUUAUGAACUUCGGUUCAUGUUUUUACUGACAGCACUGAGACCUGAACUCAGAGCACAACUCAAACAAGAGGGAGGAGUGUCUCUGUUGACCACAGUGCUGGAACGAUGUUUAUCAGUACAGUGGAAGGAACAGUAUGAGGUUGUGCUGGAUCCUACAGUGCCACUUACAAGUGUUGAAGACUCAAAGAAAGCUCAAGAGGCCCUCAAGAUCCUUUUUAAUAUCACACACUGCACACACUCUCAAAAACCUGAGGAGGGAGAUGCUUCUCUCUAUCGCCACCUGGCAGCAGUUUUGCAUCACUGCCUGAUGGUGACCUGUGAGGAGGAGGAAGCUUCCGAUGAGCUCAAGGGACAUGCAGCUAAUAUGCUGUCUGCUCUUCCACUGAGUUGUCUAGAUGUUCUUGUGUCGGUGCCUCCAGGUCCACACUCACAGCAGAUGAAUGGAGUCAACAUGGACUGUGUGCACAACUUGCUCAUGUACAUGGAGAGAAAACUGGAGCAGGGUGAGAAGGUCAAAGAAAGACUGACCCCCGUGCUAAAUUUGCUGACAGAAUGCUCCAGAGCUCACAGAGAAACAAGGCGCUACCUUAGACAACAGAUUCUGCCUCCAUUGAGAGAUGCCCGUACUAGACCUGAAGAGGGCAGCACGAUGAGGAAUCGUCUGGUUAGACUGAUGACCCACCUGGACACUGAGCUCAAGCACUGCGCUGCUCAUCUGCUUUUCGUGCUGUGCAAAGAGAAUGUGAGACGUUUUGUGAAGUACGCUGGCUAUGGGAAUGCUGCUGGGCUGUUGGCCACUAGAGGCCUUAUGGGAGGUCAAAGGUCCCAGAACACGUCAUCAGGCACACAGUAUUCCACUGACUCAGACUCCGACACUGAGGAGUAUCGGCAGAUUAAAAACCAGGUGAACCCAGUGACAGGACAAGUGGAAGAGGAGCAGCCUAACCCAACAGAGGGGAUGACAGAGGAAGAGAAAGAGGAAGAGGCUCACCACCUCAUCAGGCUGAUUAACAAGCUCUCAAAGGACAAUGUGAUUCAACCAAUGGGACUGAACAAAGAGGGUCAGCUGGUGCCACUGUCUGUGCUCAGGGACCUCUCAAUGGAAGAGAAGGAUUCUGAGGAAGAAAACGAUGACCUGGAGAAUGUCGAGUAGAAUCAGCAAAGAUGUGAUGAUCAAAACUGACAGGAUCAACAUACAUGUUUUUAAACAAGAAUAUAAAGUCUACAGUGUUUAUCUAUCUAUCUAAGUAUAUUUAACCCUUUCAGAUCCCAACUAUGUUCCAGGGACGAAAAAAUAUGGCUAUGCUUUAUUUCUACUCUAAAUGUAACCAUAAAAUAAAUCUAAAAAUUCUUUGUGAUUUGUGUGGCACCAAAUGACAAAAACCUUUAAAUGACACCAGAGAAAAGCGUGUGUCUGAAAGGGUUAAUUACCCAUAUACUGUAUUGUAAGUAUUUGAUUAGUCCACAAUUUAAAUAAAACUAUAGCAUUUGUAAUGAAGAAACUAUUAACCUAAACACAUUUAGAAAUUUAAAUUACAAAUUUAACAGUAGUAAAAAUCAAAAGUUUAGUUUUAGAUUUGCUCUAAUAGAUUUACUGUAAUGAAUCUGUAAAAUUUCAUAAUAACAGUUAGUGUUACUACAGUAAGAAAUAUAACUUUUAGUAAGGGUGACGAUGUGUAGUUUGAAAAGUCCUGUAAAUCAAGCAUAGUGAUAGUUCAGGCAGACCACGAAAGGUACAGGCCACCGAUACACCAUCUCCAAUCCCAGUUAUUUAUCCAUCAAGGGCAGUCUAUAAAUAUUCUUCACAGCUUCUCUUCAGCCUAACCAAGCACUCGCCGCCAAACCCACCUCCACCCCAAAUCCUCCUUCCUCAUUUAGUCCAUCGUCCAGCUGGUUUAGUCAUAGCCGGACUUGUUGUUCUUGUGCACCCUCCUGUCCUGUGCUUUGUGUUGCAUAUUCAGAAGACAUGCCCAGGCCCAACAUCACUCCCCCACCCCCAUAUCAGAACCAUACCACCAAAUUAUUUUAAUCAACAUUCAAUAAACUGUUUUUUUGUCGAAGUGUUCUUGGCUGAUUUGAUUCUGAUGCAUGGCAUCUCCACUUUCCUUGUCAGUGAUGUUUAUAACGUCAAGGCUGUCUAGCCCUUUGAGAUAUUCAACUUCCUCUAAAGUGCUGUAAUGUAGAGCAAUCUGUGUAGAAUUCAAAUGGGUUGCACAAGUUUUCUGCUCUGUGCUAUCCUAUCUCUAGAGCACGCUGUGUGCUGCGGUGGUUCGAACAAAACCAUGCUACACUCGCCCCGCGCAGAUGCAUGUGUCAGGUGAGAAGCAUAUUUAGUGCUUAUAAAGCGCUGAACAAGAGAUGAAUAUAA